AGACUGUAGAAACAGAAAUAUUCAUUGGCUAGAAAUGGUUUGAGAGAAGACAGAGGCCAAAGCCUCAAAGAUGUCCGUAUCGCCCCGUCUCCUCGCGGUCGUGGUCACUCCUCUUGCCCUGUCCGACUCUGUUAAUGUAUAUUCCAUGAUAUCAUUGGCGACCACAUCAGCUUCCACCAAAUUACUAGGAAAGAACUUUGAACGCUGAAGUUUGAAGUCAUUCUGCGAAUAUUCAACGCUAAACUUUUCAAACCUCCGCGUUUUCCAGUAGGGGUUGACAACCAGACCGAAAAUAUUUAUUUCUCCGAAACUCUGCGCACUUUGUUCUGAAUUCGUGCUUGCAGUUUUCUGGGUUUGUGAUUGACUCGCUAAGAAUUUAAAUAAAGGCCGGUCUUUAUGUCCAUUGUAUAUUGAAGCUGUGAACUUGAAGGGGUUUGAAGGAAUUAAUGGCUUUGUAUUCAAAGACUUGUAGAUAGAAGAAUUGGGCAGAGUUGACUUUUUAGGAUUUGUAUUUUGAUGUUACUAUAGUAAGACUUGAAGAUGAUCGGAAGGAAAAAUAUGGGACGUGCGUAUCCGGUACUCUUGGUGCUUUUGGCACCGGUACUCUUGUUAACUAUGAUAAUACACAACAAAGCUUCCAAUUCAGGAAGUUGGGUUGUGGAUGGAUUGGACUGGUUUGAUCCUGUUAUUCGGAUACCUGGGAAUGUGAAGAGAUCAGAGGAUUUGAGUUCAAAGUAUCAUGUUGCCGUUACGGCAACCGAUACACCUUAUAGCCAAUGGCAGUGUCGGAUUAUGUUUUACUGGUAUAAGAAGGUAAAAGACAUGCCUGGAUCUGACAUGGGAAAGUUUACCCGAGUUUUGCAUACUGGUAGUCCAGACAAGUUGAUGGAGGAGAUUCCUACUUUUGUGGUUGAUCCUCUUCCAGAGGGCUUGGAUCGGGGUUAUGUUGUUCUGAAUAGACCUUGGGCUUUUGUGCAAUGGCUGGAGAAAGCAACGAUUGAAGAAGAAUAUAUUCUAAUGGCAGAGCCUGACCAUAUAUUUUUAAAGCCUUUACCUAACUUGGCAGAUGGAAUCCAACCAGCAGGGUAUCCUUUUUUCUACAUUAAGCCAACUGAGCAUGAGAAAAUACUUCGGAAAUUUUAUCCCGAGGGGAAUGGUCCUGUGACUGAUAUUGAUCCAAUUGGCAAUUCUCCUGUAAUUAUAAAAAAGUGUUAUACUUGCGUUGUCAUCAACCAGACCUUUUUGCAUUCACUGCGAUUGCCUUAUAAUAUGGUGUUCAUUAAUUAUGUGCUUCAGUCAUUGCUGGAGGAAAUUGCUCCCACAUGGGUGAAUGUUUCGUUGAGAAUGAAAGAUGAUCCAGAGACAGAUAAGGCUUUUGGAUGGGUGCUUGAAAUGUAUGCAUAUGCUGUAGCAUCUGCAUUGCAUGGUGUGAGGCAUAUUCUUCAUAAAGACUUUAUGCUGCAGCCUCCAUGGGAUCUGGAAGUCGGAAAGAAUUUCAUCAUCCAUUAUACUUAUGGAUGUGAUUAUAAUUUAAAGGGAGAAUUAACAUAUGGAAAGAAAGGGGAAUGGCGUUUUGAUAAGAGAUCAUAUCUUACUAGUCCUCUACCUAGAAAUCUCUCCUUACCCCCUCCAGGAGUUCCGGAAAGCGUGGUAAGACUCGUAAAAUUGGUGAACGAGGCUACAGCAAAUAUUCCUGGGUGGGACACAUUAACUACUGGCCAAGACCAGAAGUAAGAUGAUAAACCCAUGGAUCCUUAUUUUGGUACCGAUAUCAGCGGUGCCAUGGAGAGAAUCGUCGAUACAAAUUAUAGAUAACAGAACAAAGAGUAUAGGUAAAGAAAAGGAGUUGCUUGAUGAAUCAACCAAUGGAUAUAUUUUUUGCAAGAAAAAAAAAUCUGACUUAUAAAAAUUACGGACAACAAUUCUUUUUGUAUACACAUUAGAUUUACCAUAUGAGGUUUAGUUUGAACCAGCAGCUUUGAUGAGGAAUAUGAAAAAAUGAAAGUUGUUAGUGAACU